GUCGUCUGUCAAUCAGAUGUUCCAUGUUCAAUCUCAAUCUCAAAUGCCUCGUUUGACUUGACAUUUUAGAAAAUAAAAGUGGUGUACUCAUAGUAGGUGUUACUCGGACGUACUGUUACGUCAAUAAACUUAUGUGUUUGUUAUUAAAAAACUCCAUAAACCCUUAACAGUUCACACAAAACAGCGACCCUAUGAUUAGGUAACCUAGUUUUAAAAUGAAUAGAGAUGAUUAUGAUCUGCUACAGUUUAAGUUUAAAAGAGAACCUGUAAACAAUGCUGCCCUAGAUCUAUUACAAGGACUUGAAAAUCGUAGUUUAGGAUCCGUUAAGAAGAAUGUCAAAUCCAAAGAAGGCAUUGAACUCUUUGCAGAGGAAGAGUUUGUUAGGAAGCAGGAGUUCAGUGAAAUGCGCUGUGAGAUGCCAGGUAUACCCAGAUCCACUUUCCUGAUGGUGUUCAGCCCUGAUGGUUCCAAAGUAGCUUCGACACACGGCAACCACAACAUCUAUAUAACGGAUCUUAGGAAUGGUAGGAAUAUAAAAACUCUGGUCGGCCACCCGAGGACACCAUGGUGUAUCGCCUUCCAUCCAACAUCAGAACAAAUCGUUGCUUCAGGCUGUCUAGGUGGGCAAGUCAGGAUAUGGGAUUUAAGUGGAGGCAGCGAAGUAUGGACGGCUAUCAACCACACUGUCAUAGCCUCUUUAGCGUUUCAUCCGAACGAUAGAGUGUUAGCUAUAGCCACCGGCAACUGUGUACAUUUCUGGGAUUGGAGUAAACCGGAUCCCUUUGCCAGUCGUUCAACGUACACCCUAAAAGAAAAGGUUCGUUAUGUAGCGUUUGAUAGCUUAGGUCACAAGUUGAUAACAGGUAUAGCGAAUGGUCCAUUGACGAGGUGGGAAAUGGUGAGAGCGCCGGUACCGGUACCUAGACAAGAUUGGAACGCCAGCCCUUACAGACGACGAAUAACCCAACGACUUGCUGACCGGUUCGCUAACCAAAAUCAACCUUCCAGCUCCGAUGCUACCACAACUACAAACCCCAGAGACUCUUUAAGCUAUCCCGAGAGAGAAAGAAGAAUCUCAAUGUGCUACAGAACUCUAGUAAAAGAAUAUGAACAAUUAGUUCAUAGGUAUCUCCAGCUCUACAGAUCUCCCACAAUGAUUGAUAGAGGCACAGAUCCAAUGGAGCCUGAUUUGUGGUUUAACAACAGCGGUACCCAAACAUCCGAAUCGCAAGCCAGCACCAGCGACACGUCACAGCCAAGUACCAGUGGUACUGCACAAAAUCGCCCUAGAUCUGGCGUUUUCGAACCUAUCGCCAGCAGUAGCUCCAGACCUAGCACCAGUAGUGCUACCGCCGGUCCAAUUGGUCGGAGCAGUAGUGGUACCUCUGGAUAUAGCAGUGAUGGUAGUCCUAGACCUGGUAGUAGUGGCCUAGUAGUAGUAGCUAGACCCUCUAGACCCAUUACGUUUGCUACUAGUGCAUCUGGACCUAGCACUAGCGGUGGUACCGCUGAAACUCAAUCGUCUAAAACACCAGCCGAGAGGGUUUUGGACGAAACUUUGCCCGGUAGUUCCGGUAGCACAAGACAUGUCGAUUCAGUGACUGAACCUUCUCCUAGCGCUUCUCAGAAAUCGGCUCACAAUCUUCUAACUCCGAGCAGAAUGUUUUCGGUGAUAAAAAAACCGAGCACCCUAAUCAGAGGUACUCAAACGUCGGAAUCGCGGAAGCACAAAGCGGAAGACGCUAAUGAACCCAAGGAGAAACGCCUUAAGAAGAGCAACGGAACAAAAAGUAAAUCUUCGAAGAAGAGCAGCAAAGACGGAAAGACUAAUUCGGCGCAGACGCAAACGUCAACUGUUAGGAAGGAGUUUCCUAUUAAUGAUGACAGAGAUGGCGCUGUUAUAUCUAAUGAUAGAGUUUCUACUGGGAGUUUGUCGGAGUUUAGGAUGAGAAGUCAAACGGACGACGUUAGGGAAGCAGGUCCAAGUGGUUUGAACAGACAAGAGAGCACCGAAACCGAAGAAGAAAUCAAUUCAGAGCCAAAUCCUUCCACAUCGACCAGAGAGUCAAGCAGAGAUGCCAACAGAACGGUCACAGACGAGUUAUUGUCCAAUAUCAAAAGAAACGCCGAAGCUGAGGUUAGAAAUAGGAUAUUACCGAUAAUUAGGUCGCUACCAGCUCCAGACCGACCAGAAUUAAUAAGGUUAUUCGAAAACAACCGGGAGCAUGUCAAGAAGAGGUUCAAACAGAUGUAUCCACAAUUUUUACGAAAAACAGGUCGAAGGCAUUUUACUUGUUUCGGAAGCUCAUCUGAAAGUAGUAGUUCAGAAGAAGAAACGAACAACAAUCAAAAUCAUCGUCUUUCUUAUUCUCAAAGACUGCCGUCUACAGAUGCUCCUGCAACGAACCCAUCCAACUCCAACUCUAAUUCUUGUAACGAACUAGAGAGACUAGUUUUUCUUUUAACGGAAAUAGAUGAUAACGGUACUGAGAGAGGGGCUCAAACUUCUAGAGAACGAGAUACCCGAAGUAAUACCACGGAGGGUAACGGUUCAACUGCAGCACCGAAUGCUCCGUUAGACACUGCUUUUGUUGAUGAUGCUGCUAUUCCACCAUCUGCCACGGUUACGUUACCUGGAUCCAGUGAUCUCUCCGAACAUAGUCCUGCACAAGACUCACCUUUUCGUCGUUUCAUCUCGUCCUCCGACCGAAGCCGCUGGAACGACUGGCAGAGAGUCCGACCGUUGCUGUCCAGCGACUUCAGACGUGAUCUGUCCGGAGAUAACCAAAGACUAGAAUCGUCUUUCCAACCGCCGGCCACAGUUGCCAAUACAAAUACUAGAACGACCAACUCCACUAUAUACACUUCCAAUUCGUCUCCAAGACGGAGAUUUUUUUCGCAUAGAAUAUCGGCGUUUAUGCCCACUAGGGUAAACGUCAUUAGAUACCGAAGAGUUCCUAACUACUUAUUAGGAAGAAGCCGGCUGGGUGGUAGACAGUUGGGUUCCUCCACGUUCGGAGUCGAUGAGCUGUUCAAUUAUUCCGAGCUCGACAACUCCGAGGACGAUCCACCGCCCCCUCCACCACCCCCAGACGCCGAUCAUCCAGAACCGCCGAUAGUUUCUUCGUCGGAAAGCUCCAUCAGUGAUAUGUACGCGAAUAUCGUUCGCGAUUUAGAGUCCACGUUAGACAAUGUUAUUAGAAUGAGGAGUUCUAGACCGGGUGAAACGUCAAGCAUAUUAACUAGUUUUUCAGACAGAUUAACGAGCAUUUUGGCUCAAUCUGAUACUAUAUUAAGAAACAUUACCAGUUCUGUGGAUGUUCUAGUAUCUAACACAAAUAGGUAUCCCCAACCAGAGAGUUCCAACACUCCCUGGUACUCAUACGAUUCUAAUUUCUACGUUCGCGACCAGCGUUUGGACCUUUCACCUGACGCCAAUAAUUCAGAUACUGUCAAUUUAUUUGACAUAUUCAGCCCUAGACCGAAUUAUAAUCCUGUAGCAUCGGACCACACUUAUCCUAGGAUGAGGAAUCCGGACGAACACGGCAAUUCAGAAUCCGGAUCGGAGAUGGUAACAAGUAUACGUAUGAAUAUAGCGCACGUUCAAAGGCAAGCCAGAAUACUCAGACAGCAGGUUGAAAACAUUGAACGCAUCGAUCGAGCUAUGAUCGAGGUAGAGCAGCUACAGGUCAUCCGACGCCUCAUAGUCGACCUGAUUCGACACCUCGGGAACUCGUCCGGCAGCCCAGGCGUGGCAAGCAGCCGCAGCAGUAGAAGCGGCGUGUCCAGCGUGCGGCAUAUGAUGGCAGGCACGAGAAUAAGCGAUUCCACGCCAGGCGAGUCGGGCGCCGAUAGCAGGAGACCGUACCGGACCUUCCAUAGUCGAAUACACGGCGAAGGCAGCGGUGGAAGUUGCAGAACCGAAGGACUGGGGAGUCAACGAACUGACGGGGGAAAUCCUAGCGGCGAAGGAACUAGUAGCGGUAGCAAUCCGCUGACGAACUCAGUACUGAGAAGCGGAGGAAGAAAGACGUAUCCUCCGUCGAAGAUGUGUCGCUUGGCUCGCCAAACUCGCCGACCCUCUGUCCUGCGUUUUUUCCUCCGUCCCUACUCCAACAGAUCCGACAGAUCGACUAGGCAAACUUCGCAAUCUCGUAACACUUCUAGAUCGACGCCGAGUACGUCCACCACCAGCAACAACACCUCUCCGGAGCCGUUCUCUCCCUCCUCGUCCUUCAACAGUCGCUACCAGCUGUCCUCCAACUAUUCCGUCAUCAACGCGAACACCAUGGGGCUGAUGACCAGGAGGCUGGAGAUCCUGUUGACUGAGGAAAUGGCUGCGUUCACGACGACCAAUCAGCCGAGGCAGACUCCCGCCAGGGAUAGGGAAUCUCCUUCUACCAUCGAUCUGGGGGAACAUAUUCUGGCUCACCGAUUGAACGGGUGCAUUCUCAGAAUGAACAGAAUACUAGGUAAUCCCAAUUCUGCGUCUUUAAACCUUUACCGGGCGGAUCCAAUAUUGGCAGUUACUCAAGACGGUGUAUCUAGAUACGGAGCUCGACACACCUUAAGCCUCAUCAUAGACAGCAUGAGUCGGCAUGUAGAAGAUCUAGGAGAUUCUCGUAUUCCUCACGGACAGCAGAUGCACGGAGUAUUAGCAAUGUCCUUACUACUUACGGAGUUGAUGUUUCUCGUGGUGGUAGAUUCUAUACCGCCACCAACUGGGCGGAUGCCCAUUAGGAUGCACCGACUUCUUCGAGAUGGGAUAUCACUGACUCCCAGGUUUGAAAAUUUAUGCAGACGGAUGUUAGCAACCAGACAAACUUCCUAUUUGUCCCAACUCACAAGUUGUCUCAGAGUGAUGACGGUUACCAUGAGGCAAGCUGAAAAGAUCCUCUAUCAAACGUAUCAUGCGAGAAGAAGUACUUUGUUGCCCAGCAACAACACGGACCGAAGAAUGUUACUAGGAUCGAUAAACAGGUGUUUGAGAACCAUAAGAAGGCAGCGACAAGCGGAAAAUAGUUCGUCUCAAGAAACUCCAGAGAGGAAUCAAGAAUCGACUGCAGAUGCCGCAUCUACCUCAAGUACUUUUAACAGUAUGGAAUGGUAUUCAUCGAUUUCUGAGUUGAUAUCCCAGAUAUCAUCAGAAAACAAUGACGAUGACAAUCCAGCUGACACUUCCCAACCAUCUACCUCUCGCGCGUCGUUCGAAUCGCCGAGCCAAGCCAACGACGUGUCUAGUAAUAAUGACAACAGCGACGAUGACGACGACGAUACCGACGGGUAUGGCAUGGGCAGAAGCAAUCUCUACAGGACCAGCAACAUCAAUCUGUCACCCUCACCGGGAGCUGAUCAGCCUGCAACUACUAGCGCAUCAGUAUCGCCACCUAUAACGCGUUAUUCCAGGCCUUGGAACGUUCCUCUGGUAGCAGUGAACGACGUCCCAGUCACCGAAACUCCCACGUUUGCCCAGCGUCUUAUCAGCCAACGAGCCAGGUUCGCGGAGCGACUAUCGGAAAUGCGAUCGAACCCUCAGAUAGUGGGACUGCUGCGACCAGGGUUCUUGCAUCCGUUGUAUUCCAGCGUCAACCCCUUCGAUGCCGAUCUAGAUGAUCCGCGCGAGCAGAUCUACGACAGCGACAUGAUCACUACUGUGACUCCAAACCAUCGGAUACAAGCGUGGGACGUGUCCGAUUGGGGCAUACCUACAAUUGCCAGUCGUACAAGGAACGUUGUCGUAAGCGAAUGUAAGAUCCACAACGAUGCCAGCGUUGAUAUAGCCAAAGAUGGAUCGAUCCUGGUAACUUUGUUGCCUUCGGGAGGAUAUUUAAACGUCACAAAUCGAUUAGGAGUGUACAGUCUGAAGUGGAACACACUCGGCCAAUGUUUGUAUACCACCAGUUUCGAGCAGAACGCAGUGUCGGUGUCUCUAUCGCCCCUGAGCCGCCAUUUGGUGGUCGGUUUAGCUUCCAGAAUCGUCCCUAGCGAUAGAUGGAUCAUGGCGAGAGUGUUUAAGAUCCAACAAAAAGACGAACCGGGCGACAGACUGCCAGCGAUCAGGGAAUUGGAACAGAAUCGGGACAGCAGGAUAAAUUGUAUCCGGUGGUUACCGACGUCCGGUCAAGGAUUCAUUUACGCCACCAAUACGGGACAACUGGUAGUAUUGACGUAAAAAAGACAGGGAGAUUUACGUAAUGGUUUAAUCGAUUAAUCGUAAAAGAUGUGGACAAUAUUGAAUGAUUGUUUCACCUGUUUGCUGUACCUCUUUUCACACAAUUUGAUCAUCUACAGCAAAUUUUACCAUUUGGAUAUCAUAUUUUUAUUAAUAUGAUUGAAUCGUUUAUUUAUUUACAAAACUCUACAGGUCGCGAGGGCCCAGAGCUAAAAAACAAUGAAUAUAAUACUUGUUCCGUGGUGUGGGGGUUGCGUGUGUGAUCUUGUCCACGGAAACGAUUAAAUGAAAUUAAAAUUAAUGUAAAAACAACAAACAACUGUCUGUCAAUAAUAUAUUUAUUUAUUUUUGGUAAAAAGGCGUGCUUUGUUUAUAUCUCGUAGGGGUUUGUUAUUCUUUUGCCCAACGAGGGUUUAUGACCGACCGACGCCUGCUGGGUUGUGUGUGAACGGACUGCCGACUGUGUAUCGGCUGAACUAGACCUUCUUCUUAAAGUUCCCUCUCCUAUCGGAGGUUAGAUGUCAUAAUGGCUAUGGUCACUUUGUUUGGUGCUGCUCUGAACAGUUGUAAUGAACUACAGUUAAACCAUUCUCUAAGGUUCCUCAGCCAAGAGAUGCGUCUUCUUCCUAUGCUUCUUCUUCCUUGGAUCCUUCCUUGCAUAAUAAUUCUCAGCAACUCGUAUUUUUCUCCUCUGGUAAUAUGAACUAGACCACAAAUACUAAUCUGUCAUUAUGUGAUUCUACCAUAUGGCCAGACAGGCGACAAUUUAUUAGAUCUGGUGUUUUUAAAACUGCAAAGGCAUUUUACCUGAAAUAGGGAUAUAUUUCGUUUAUUAAAACUUAACAGGCCCUUCUAUGCAUAUGGUUUGUAUAUUAAGAACGAAACACAUGUGAAUUUUAAAUGACCCAUAUUAUUUCGUUUAGAAAGGAAAGUUAAUAUAGUCCGUUCGCAAAACUCAGACACAACUGGCUAUUGAUUUUAGUAAGUAAUUUUGCCAAUUUGGUAAAAUUGGCAAAAAAUAAUUACUAAAUAGUUAUUAAAUACUAAAUAGUUAGUAAUUUGGCCAGUUUUGUCAAAAUUGGUAAAAAACAAAAAAAUUACAUACGAAAAUCACUAGCCAGUUGUGUCUGAGUUUAGCGAACCGACUAUAUUUAAAAUUAGCAAUUAAAAAAAUAGUAAAAUAGUAAUUGAAGCGUGUCGCCACAUACUUAUAUAUUACAAAACCUGUAUCAAGUGAGAUGACUUCUUGUCCAAUCAUGCAACUUGCAUACUAAAUUGACAUACUAUUCUCCUCCUUCUUCUUAAGGUGCCGUGCAUUUCUGCGUAGGCGUCCACCGUACAUUGUCUUGUCAGGUGAGAUGUUAGAUAUUCAGGAUUAAUUAAUUCUGUGUUCAGCAGCAUUGCGAAGCACUUCAUAGGAUUCCUUUUCCAUUCUGUGGAUUCCUGUCCAUUGGCGAAUAUUACGCAGCCAUGACAUCUUUUUAAGUCCCAGGCCCUCUUAACCUCUAUCUUCCCUUCGAGUAUCAGUUGCUGAAAAGUGUAUCGCUCUCCUCGUAGUAUAUGCCCCAAGUAUGCAGUCUUCUUACUUUUAACAUAAUUAAAAAGCUCCCUAUCCUGUAAGCCCGCUCUUCUCAUUACUUCCUCAUUUCUGACUCUGUUCAUCCAUGAUAUUCUAAACAUUCGACACAUGCAUCACAUUUCAAACACUUCAAGUUUGUUAAUGGAACUGGCCUUUAACGUCCAUGCUUCCAUUCCGUACAAGAGCACAGGCCAAACGUAACACUUUAGCAUCUUGUAUUGGAGAUUGAAAUCCAACUUACGAUCAGUCAGAAAUUUAUGAAGCCUCAAAAAAACAUUUCUGGCUUGUUCAACUCUGCUCUUUAUUUCAUUCUCAGGAUCGGUGCAGACAAUCCAAGUAUUUAAAUUGCCUGACUUGUUCGAUUUCUUCUUCAGAGACAUAUAUCUUUGCAUUGGGGUAAUUAUUUUUACUAUUUUUUUAAUUGCUAAUUUUAAAUAUUAUCUUUCUUUUCUAAACGAAAAUAAUAUGGGUCAUUUAAAAUUCACAUGUGUUUCGCUCCUAAAUACAAAACCAUAAUGUGUAAAAUUAAUGGCUUUUUCAUGGGAAACACAAAAUCAAAAUAGAAAAUGGGAAAAUCAAAAUAGAAAUUUAGUUGUGAGCUACUUGCUUUAAUUUUAUAUUCUUACUUUUUAAUUUACAUAAUUUUUCCUUUUUACUAUCGUUCAUUUUAUUUACAUACGCUGUUAUUAAAAGAUCAAAAUAUUUAUCUAUAAAAGGUUUGUGACAAUUUGUAGGUACAUACAUACAUUUUGGAGAGUUUCUUGUAAGUAACAUUUUAAUUUUAAAUUAGAUAUAUUUAACAUUUUCAACACUCUCUUGUAUAUAGUUUUGAAAAAACCUUUUAAAUAUAUCAUUAAUUUUAUCUGAAGCUCCCUUUAUAAGUUACACCUAAAUUUCACACUAUCAAGUGUACCCUUAGCCCUAAUAAUAGAAAAUAAAUUUUCUAUACAGUCUGGGGUUAGCCUUUUUGUAAAAAGAAAUUGCAGCUAAACGCCGUCUCAUCGGGGUGAAUGGAAUCAAAGUAAUACACUUUUUACUUAAUUUUGUUGCCAUCAUAGGUAUUUGCUGAGAAUCCAUUUUACCGAACCUAUCUUAUAAGACAUUUUGUGUAAAAAUACAAACACAAUUUACCAAGAUUAGCUAAUUAAUUAUCCAAAAAUUAACAAAAAUAAAUUUGUGUGUUUACGUUGAGAAAACGUAGUUCAACCCUAGCCGGCAGAGGCGCUAGUGGCAACGAGCUUCUAGUUUUCUGUGGGAGUUGGAUGUAUUAUCGUCUAAUGUAUUUGCUGAUACUCACUUAGUUUAUCUUCAGCAAAUCUUUUAAGUUCUCCCUCUCUUACCAUCCUGGCUAAUACCUUGUAACAAGUAUCAAACUGAGCAACACCUCUGUAAUUUUCACUUGCCUAUCCCAUCCCUCUUUUUGUAUAUGAUUGACACGUUGUAAGUAUUGAGGUAAUAAUAUUUUUACCUGUCAAAAUUGACUGACAAGUGACAUUGACAGUUUGAAGUUUGAAAACUACUACAGUAUUUCUCAUGAUCAUCUUUCAGUGCGUCACAGUUUUUCGAUUUCUUUCUAACGCAUUAAAUUGUAUGUGACAGAAAAAAAGGCACGUCGGUGAUUACAUUUCGUCGGUGACAUUUUUAUAACAUUUCUUCUAGUUAUUCUAGUUGUCGAUAGAUGGCGCCAUAAUAAAAAAAUAUUUUUUUUAAUUAGAUAAUAAUAUUACAAAUAUAAUCUGUAUAAUUUAUAAGACUAUACAAAUCAAAGACCAUUUUAUAAAUGCAAGAAACACAUUUGAUUUGUUUUUAUUCCAAAUUGAAAAUAAAAUGUGACAACUGUCAGAUUUAACUAAAAUGUCAUGUUAGAAUAAAUGUCAUAAAUGUGUAUUAUCACGGACUUACCCUUUUUCCUAUCAUUUGUUACGCACUGAAAAAUGAUCAUGAAAAGGACAAUACGAUUAAAAUAAUGUAGAUAAAUCCCAAAGUCAACAUACAUACUUUGAUAACUGAUAAAAACUUUUAGAAUCGAGGUACUCCAAACAGCUUGAAAAUCUCGUACGUUUUGAAUUGUUGAUAAAAAGAAGAAGAUUUUUAGAAUGAAAAUAUUUUUCGAUUUUUGAUGUACUGUAUGUAAAUGUUAAACUGAUUCGUAGGAGCUUGUAUAAAACAAUUUUAUGCCAGUUUAUCGAUUGAUAUUUUAUUCGGUCGAAUCGAAAAUGGACGUAUAGUAUAUUUUACGAAUAAACGACUUUUUGAUUUGGUAUGAAAGCUUUGACUUAAACGGUGCCCUGUACGAAGAAAGUUAAUAGCAAAUUCUCCCAAUAUUUCUGUACAGUAGAGUGGACCAUUGGCUGUCAGGUCAUCAUCAUUAAUGGUGUUACAACUCUUCAUGAGUCUUUGGGGCGUUUACUAUUGCCUUCCAUGUUUGUCGGUCCUGUGCCAAUAAUUCCCAUUGUCCCACUCCCAUUUUCUCCAGAUCAUCUUUGACUGUAUCUUUCCACCUUUUUCUAGGCUGUCGUACAGACCUUCUUCCAUCUGGCCUUUCCCAGAACACAUUGUUUAUAAGGCGAUUGUCGUUACAGCAUAUCACAUGCCCUGCCCAUUUGAGUCUAUUGGCCUUUUUAUAUUUGACGAGAUUUUCCUUUUUGAAUAGAGUCGCUAACUCGUUAUUGUAUCUGCGCCUCCAUUCGUUUGUCACGCUGUCUCUGCAAGAUCCAUAUAUAUCAUUCGAAUGAUUUUACGUUCCCAGUCUGUCAAGUGUCUAGCGAUAAUUCAAAACAGUCAUAAAUUCAUGAAAUAUACUUUGUCUUAUGAAAAUAAUACUACAUUAUUGUAAAAAACAUUUUUUUUAAUUUUUAUUUAAAAAUUUAUUAAAAUGCACAUUUAAAAAGUCUCAUUCCUCAAAAUAUUUACCAAAGAUGCAAAAUUUAUCAAAUUCAUUCAAUUAUGUGGUAUUAUAUAUAAUAAUUUGUACUGAAUUAGCAGUUACUGUUAUACAAGACGUUGUUUUAAGGUAUAUAUACCAUACGUAUAAAAAUCAUUCGAAAUCUUUGAAAAAUUGUACAAAACACCAAAAAAGUUCCUCCUUGAGAAGCAUUAUAGCCAGUUUUUAAAAUACGGGGAGUAAUUCGAAUUUACCGCGCCGUAAUGCUUGUUUGUAAUUGGUUUAACCUCAGGCAAGUUUACUCCACUGUUAUGAAAUUUUGACACUAUUGGCAUUUCAUGGGUUAAUUAAUUUAUGUCGGCGAUUUUUUGUGUUUUCUGCGUUAUUCCUUUAAUUUUUAGUCUGCUUUAUAUAAAAAAAAACGGUUGUUUUUAGAACUCUUUAGCGAAGUAUCAGUUUAAUGUAAUAUUUAAGGAUUGCCGUCGAAGGCCCACAUGAUCAACUAAAACAGUAAAUGUAUUUGGUGAUUCUAGUGACAUUAUUGGGUGUUAUUUAAAAACAGGGUAUAGUUGUACGGGGGCUUGGAACAUAAACAUAAUGAAAGAAUUAAACGUCGAUUCCUCAAACACAGAGCAUUUUAGAGUACUGAAACAGAUUGCCAGAUAUUGUACAGAAAUAAUAUUAUACAGGAACUAACGCUACAAGUGUACAUAUAAGAGAAAAGAUCGAGAACUAGACCUUAAAUGAUAUUCACCUAUUCCUAAUAUUGUUCUGAAGCUACUUUCUUGUGGCAUCUUAGUAGUCAUGACUUACGGCGCCGAAACAUUAUCGUUAACCCAGGCCACAGCAACCAAACUUAGAGUUGUCCAAAGAAGAAUGGAACGGUCACUACUUGGACUGACUCUCAGACAUGGUCAGAAACGAAGAAAUCAGAAAAAGGACAGGCUCCACAGAUGUCAUAGAGCUAGUAGCAUGGCUGAAAUGAAAUUUGGUGGGCCAUGUAGCCAGAAUGAAUUGGAGGACACACACUGAUAGAUAGAUUCCAUAAACUCGUAAGAGACGUAUGGAACACAGUAGUGAUGUUGAUUAUAGUUACUUUAGAGUAUGUUAUAAAUCGUUACUUUUGUAUAAAGUAAUCAUUUACAGUAUUCGUUACUUCGAUUACUAUGAUUACUUUUGUAUUUGAGUACCGGUAAUCAUAUCGAGAAUCGUAUUUCUCAGUAGGUAGCUAUUUUGUAUAGGUAUUCCGAUAUAACAACGACCUUCACCGAUCUGUUUAAGGGAUAAAAAUGAUUUGAUUACUAUGAUUACUUUUGUUACUUUUGUAUUUGAGUACCGGUAAUCAUAUCGAGAAUAGUAUUUCUCAGUAGGUAGGUUUGUAUAGGUAUUCCGAUAUAACAACGACCUUCACCAAUCUGUUUAAGGAAUAAAAAUGAUUUGAUUACUAUGAUUACUUUUAUUACUUUCGUAUUUGAGUACCGGUAAUCAUAUAUGUGUGUGUGUAGAGAGGGGGUUGGCUUCGGACUUAAUCCAUUAGCUACAGAUCGUACCGGUAAUCAUAUCGAGAAUCGUAUUUCUCAGUCCUCACCCUCACACCCUUAAAACGCUUCAUACCGAUAACGAUAUUUGAUAACACUCGUAAAAUACCGGUCCCGUCCGUUACUCGCUGGGACAGGAUUGGUAGAAAUUAAUCAAGUGUACUGGUUAUAGAUACAAUAGUCGUUACUCGCUCUGAUACGAUUGGUACGAAGUAAUCAAAGUAGAUACAACAGUCGUUACUCGCUCUGAUACGAUUAGUACGAAGUAACGAAGUAAUCAAAGUAAUAAAAGGAACGAUUUGCCUCUCUGUAUAGUAAUCGUUACUUUCGGUAUUCGUAAGUAACGAGUACUUUGUAACGAAUACAUACUUUUUCAACAUCUCUAGAACACAGAAGAAAUUCCAGGAGAUUGGAAAAGAGCAAUUAUAUGUCCAGUCCACAAGAAGGGAGACAAACUGAGCUAUAAUAAUUUAUUAUAGAGGCAUAUCCUUACUCUGUGUGAGUUAUAAGGUGUUUACGUGGAUCAUAAAACGAAGAUUAAGCCACUUCACAGAACAAAUCAUAGGAGAAUACCAGGGCGGAUUCAGACCAGGAUGGUCUACUAGUGACCAGCUGUUCAACGUGAAACAAAUAUUAGCUAAAGCCUGGGAGCACGACAUAGAUAUCUACAAAAUCUUUGUAGAUUUUCGACAAGCCUAUGAUAACAUACAUAGAGAUAAAAUAUAUGUAAUUAUGCAAGAAUUUGGUAUACCAAGGAAAUUGGUAAAAUUAUUUCAACCCACCAUGACUCACACAGGACCGCAAGUACGAGUUCAAGCGCCUGUGUUCAACUUUGGAUGCAGAAGGCUAGAUGAUGAUGAUGAUGAUAAUCUUAGUAAAACUGUGGCCAAUUCCCAAUAAAAAUAGUAGAUUACACUGAUUCCUAAUAAUUCUCAGUAGUAAUUGCACAAGAGCUCUAAAAUUAUUGAAUUUUUCCCUAGUGACACUUUGACAGUUUUAAUUUAAGCAUUAUUUUUGUGCUUUCUGUGUCAGGUUGUCUUUCUGUCGUUUAUGUCAUUAUUGGUCUAAUGACUGUUUUGUUAAUUCUACCUUUCAUUUAUUUCCCGAUACUUUUAUUUCUCUAUAUUGUUUCAUUCAGGCGGCCUGCGGCUCUGUUUGCUCUAUUCACUUGAUCUUCCACUUCUGUUUCCCGCUUUCCGUAGUUAGAUAGUGUUAUACCUAGAUAUUUAAACUUCAUCACUUGUUUUAUUAUCUGACCCUCCAGCUAAUUUACAUCUUGUUGGAUUUGCUGUUAUAACCAUGUAUUUUAUAUCAUUAUAUUAAAUUAGUGCAGCAAUUAGUUGUAAAUCAUCUUCACUGUGAGAGAAAUUAGUAGUGCGUCAUCUGAAUAGCAGAUUAUUUUAACUUGUUUUUCUCCCAUCUGGCAUCAUUUUUUAGUUAUUUUUUUUAUUAUUUCAUCCAUGAUCAGUUUGGACAAUAGAGGAGUCAGGGAAUUCCCCUGUCAUAUUCAUUGCCAUCUUCAAUAAUUGGGUCAGUUAGUUUUUUUUCUACUUUUACUUUUAUUGUGUUGAUCUGGUAAAUGUUUUCGAUCGUUUUUAUUAUUCCUAAAGGUGUGUCCUAGAGGAAGUGGAUAACGUAAUUUAAUUUUACACUGUCAAAUGCCUUCUUAAGGUACACGAAACAUAAAAAUGCCGGUUUGUUGUAUUCUAAUGAUUACUCUUGCACUUGUUUCGUUAUAAAUAUAGCUUCGGUGCAUGACCUCCCUGGCCUAAAACGUUUUUCUUCUAAUAGUGUUAUAAUUUCAUUCAGUUUGUUUGGUAUCACUUUGGUUCUUAAUUUUAGUGUUGUGUUUAAUAAAACAAAUAUUACAUAACAAUAAUAAUUGGUCACAUAAUGGUAUAGUGCACAUUCUCAAAGCGAUUUUAAAGGAGUCGAUAGAUAUUUCCUUGAUAAAAAAAGAAUGAACUUUUUUGUUGACCAACUGUACAUUGAUCGUUUGUGUAAAAAAACACUUUUAUUCCCAAAUUUGGUAUCUAUGUGUACCUGACAAAUCAAUAUCAGCAUAUAAAUACAUUGUCGUGUUCCUCUUGUGCUACUCAGUUUGAUUUGAGUUAGGUUGCCGUUGGUAGUAGUGCUAACUUCAUAUUGGAGAUGUUUAUCGAAAAUAGUUGUAUUUAAUAUACACAACAAAUUACCAACUCGUUACAACUGAGAAACAAAUAGGAACUUGUGUAGGACCAGAUUUAUUUUUCGAUGUUAGUAAUUUCAAAAUUCGAAAGUUUUCGACACUUUAAUAGUGUAAAACUCUGUCUAUAAAAUACAGAACCUCAAACGGAAUCUUCACGAACCCGUUCCGGCCUUAAAAUUCAAAAUAAACAAAAUUUUUGACAUGCGCAAUGUGGACGGAUUCUCAGCUUAGGAGUUGGAAUUUUUGUGCUAAUAUCGUGUAGAUAUAUGUAUAUACAGAGUGAUGCAGCAUUAAUUGAAGUUUUAUCAUGUAGUAGAGACUUUAUCGUCUUAAUCAAAAAGUAUUUAUGUAUAAUAUGAGCAUUUUCUUUCGAGUAUAUAUGAUUCAAAUUUAGACAGAUGCAAAAAUGCAAAAACUAUUAACGAUUAAUUCCUGCAAAAGAUAAAUUUUUCCCAUUAAUUGAUCAGUGAUAGGGAAUGUUUAAUAUUUAUUAGUUUAAUUGAUUUCUUAUUUUUAUUUAUAUAAGUUUUCAAGGCCAAAACAGAUUUAAUAGUUAGAUUUUCAUUUAAAAAUACAGCACAAGUUUUUGUUUUCACAGCUUCUAGGGUUGUUUGGCAUCUACCAGCGUUUUUUUUCAUUCUUUUUGAUAAACCAUUUAUUUUAUAACUUUUUUCACCUAUUCCUUCUAUUGGGUCUGUUUUAUGAAUUUAUGUGAUCACUUGCUCACAGAAUAUUCAAUAAAAUUGGUCGUUUUUGCAGGCCUUGCGCACCCAGUGUAUAUUUUUAAUUAAGACAUAAGUAGAUUAUAUUUUUAAAGUCAAUCACACUGUAUAUAUAACGUAGAUGUAAAUAUCAUAUAUUUUGUAAUUUUAAUAUUUUGGGAAUUGCUUUCAUAAUGGCUUCAAUCAAAAACAGAAAUGGUUUUAGGCAAUUUUGGUUGCCAGAUCCAUCUAAGCAUUCUCAUUUCCGCCACAUGCAUUCGUUGUUCCUCUUUCUUUUUCACUGCCCAACAUUCAGUUCCGUGCAUCAUAGCCGGUCUUAUGGCUGUUUUAUAGAAUUUUCCCUUCAGCUUCAUUGGAAUUUUUCUGUCACACAACACACCACUCGCUUCUUUCCACUUCAUCCAUCCAGCCCUAAUUCUACUGCAUGCAUCUCCAUCUAUUUCUCCAUUAUUGCUUUUCACAAUCAUUUCACCAUCCAAAGAUACCAUUUUUUUUGUAGUAACUCCAUCUUUAAAUGAACAUUCCAAAUACUCUGUUUUUGUCCAACUAAGUUUUAAACCUUUUGCUCCAGAGAUUGUCUCCUCUGUUCCAGUUUUUGUUCUAAGUCUCUUUCACUAUUUCCUAUUAACUCUACAUCAUCAGCAUACAUUAGGCACCAUGGAAUACUACCCUGUAGUUUCGCUGUUAUCUGGUCCAAAGUAAUGAGAAUAAAUAAGAACUAAGCACCGAGCCUUGGUGCAAUCUUACUUUCACCUGAAAUUUAUCAGUCUCUCCCACACCUGUCCUAACACUAGUCGUUACUCCCUCAUACAUAUCUCUCACAAUCGUUACAUAUUCGCCAGGGACUCCUUUCUUAUUGAGUGCCCACCACAGAAUCUCUCGAGGAACUCUAUCAUAUGCUUUCUCAAGAUCAAUGAAUACCGUAUGAGCGUUGGUCUCUUUAUUCCUGUGUUUUUUCAUCAGUUGCCUUACAAUGAAAAUUGUAAAUUGAAAAGUUGCCUUACUAGAAAAACAAACGUUUUUCAGUGUUUUAUUGUGAAAUGAAAAUUGCAUCUGUUGUUGAUCUGCCCUGCAUAAAGCCAAAUUGAUUAUCGGAUAUUUCGGUUUCUUCACGUAUCCGUCUAUCAAUUACUCUCUCCCUUAUUUUCAUGGUGUGGCUAAGUAGUUUUAUAGCCCUGUAGUUUGUGCAUUGUUGUAUGUCUCCCUUGUUUUUGUAGACAGGUACUAAUAUACUGCUUCUCCAUUCGUCUGGCAUUUGUCCAACUUCCGUAAUUCUGUUAAAUAGACCUGCUAGCCAACUUAUUCCUGUCUCUCCCAAUGCUCUCCAUACUUCCCCAAAAAUAUCAUCUGGUCCGACUGCUUAUCCUUUCUUUAUUUUUUGAAGCGCUUGAGCCACUUCCUCUUUUGUUAUUCUGGUAACCAUUGCUGUUACUGUCUCCGUUAACUCCACAGGCUGUCUGUCAAAUUCUUCAUUUAAUAAACUGUCAAAAUACUUUCUCCAUCUCUUUUUGACAUCCUUUUCGUGAAUUAGUAUUUUAUUAUUUUCAUCUCGGUAAUCUGACUAAAAUCUCUUGCUUUCUUUGCUCUCUGUUUGGCUAUUUUAUAUAUCUUUGCUUCGCCUUCCCUGGUAUCAAGUUGAUCGUAUAGGUUUGAAUACGCUUCUGCUUUAGCUUUUGCUACUGCUACUUUCGCUUCCUUUUUGGCGACCAUAUAGUUUUGACCAUAUGAAUUUUACUGAAUAUGCCUAUUUCAUUAAAAUUAAAAUAAUUUUUGAUAGACAACCCAUGCUAGAAAUAUUUGUCUAUGAAUGAAAUUUAAUAAAAAAUGUUUCAUCCGGCAAGCACAUGGGUACAGAUCGACCUAUAUUCGGAUCCCGUACUAUAAUAUAAAUAUAUAAAAUAUCGCUCGACGACGAAUAUUCGAGAUAUACUGUAAUAUAUCGCAUAUAUAAAAAUAUAUACAAUGAUGAGCACGCUAAUAACCGGCAAAAUAACGCAAAAGGUGGAAAACAUAGGUUGUGAAAUAAAGAGAUAAAACUAGUAGAGGUGAAAAUUAUCGAUAGGAACCUAUAAAUUUACAUUAUAUUACAUAGUUUCCCACCUUUCGACGUAUCGGAGGAGUAUGACAACUGUCACUGUGACAGGAGAAUUUUAUAAAAUUACAUUACUAUAGUGAGCAAUAUUUCUGUAACAUAUGAGAUAUAAUAUAGCUCACGCACAGUAAGAAUAUUCUCUAUAGUUUUUGUAGCUGAGUUUGACUCCCUUCUUGUGGGUUGGGCAUAUAAUUGCUUUUUCCCAGUCUCCUGGAAUUUCUUCUAGUUUAUGAAAUCCACAGUGAUGAGCGCGCUAAUAACCGGCAAAAAAGAGAUGAUACUUGUAGCGGUGGGAAAUUUAGCGAUAGAAACCUAUAAAUUCACAUUAUAUUGAUUGUUUCCCACCUUUAGACGUAUCAGAGGAGUAUGUCAACUUAAACUGUCACUGUGACAGUGGUAGUUGCCAAACUCGUCAGAUACGUCUAAAGAUGGGAAACAAUGAAUAAAAUGUAAAUUUAUAGAUUUCUAUUGCUAAAUUCUCCACUUCUACUAGUUCCAUCUCUUUUUAUCUCACAACUUAAUAUGUUUUUCAUCUUUUGUUCGAAUUUCAGCUGGUACGUUGUCAAUAGGGCUUUUCAUCGAUUGUCAUUUGUUUCGAGCAUCUGUCAAAUGUCGUAUAAUCCGUGUAUAAUACAUAAAAAUAUACACGGAUUAUACAACAUAUGACAGAAACUCGAAACAAAUGACUGUGAAUGAAAAGCUUUAUACCUAGUGCUGUCUUAUCCUGUACGUCCCAGUACUAUCAAACCCCAUAGUCAGAACAGAAAUUAUGAGAGGAAUCUAAAUAUGAGAAAAUAUACAGGUUAGAAAAACUGUAUGUUUACUACGCAGUUAUUUACCUUCUAGAAUUCGGCAUAUUCUCUAAGCCUGAAGAAUAUCAUUGUCUACAUUUUUUUAAAUAAGAUUGUUAGAUAUUACUCUCCCAUAAUGGAAUGGAAAAAACAGCCUAUUAUCGCUAUAAACCUUUUCUGUCUUUGAUAAAUAACGAACCGCUGUCAUCUGAUUGAUCACGGAGGGGUACUAUAGAUAAGAAAGAGCUUUCUCCUCAAACGUACAUUUUUAAUAACAUAUUUAAGCAAAAUACAGGGUGUUCAAAUUAUUUUUGUCGGUUCCGCAGCGAAUUCUAUCCACUAACACCCUGUAUAAUGUGAUAUUUAACUAGUGAUUUAUUUUGUAUUUAUCAUAUGUUUUAUAAUUUAACGAAAACGUAUCUUUAGACUGUUUGCAAGAGUUGUUCAUCCACUGCAUGGACUUUUGGGUAAAAGACGUAUAGCAGGUUUUACAAAGCUUCGGUAAUUGGACACAUAUUUGACAUUAAUCAGUCAACUGUCAUACAACAUACUCAUUUUUAUUUCAAGGAAAUAAUCUUAGAAUAAGUAUUUUUUGCGUAAACAUGUUAUAUGACGUAUAAUAGAUAAUAUGAUGUAUAUUCCAUAGACAUAUAUAUUAUUAUCAUAGACUGAGCCUACCCUCCGCGCUUCCUGGCGACAAGAUCUCUUGGACAGGUUUGCGGUAUCUCUUUCUAGCACAUUGUAUCGAGAAACUAACAUGAAACUGAGUGGGGGUAUAGGCACGGAAAGGGAGGACUACUGUCGCAGCUUUACUAUGCAUAAGAGUGAAACAGCACUGAGCCACAAAAAAAAAGAUGGUGUCGUCACUUCGCGCAACAUGACACUCUAUGAUAAUAUAUAUGUCUAUGGUAUAUCCCAGUGGACAUCCUAAGUCUUGACGUCACAAAAUUGGGAGUAGCUUAUAUUUGGCUCCAAACAAUUCUGUUUAUAAUGUUAAACACUCAUAAGGAAUUUUUAAUUUAUUGUUUAUGUGGUUUGUGUGACAAAAUAAGACUUUUCAUUUAGGUAUUUAGUUAAAGAGACGUGCCAAUUAAGAGAUUUUUAUUCGUUUUUGCCCAGGUGAGUUAAUUUAAUUAAAUGAUUAGAAUGUAAACAGUUUUGAGGUUAUGUUUAUUUUCAAUCACUAAGGAAUAAAAACCACCUGAGCAAAAACGAAUAAAAAAUCUCUUAAUUAACACGUUUCUUUAACGGAAUACCUAAAUGAAGUCUUAUUUUGCCACACAAAGCACAUAAAUGAAAAAUUCCUUAUGACCAUUUGACGUUACAAACAAAAUUGUUUGGAGCCAAUAUAAGCUCCUCCCAAUUUUGUGACAUUUGUGACGUCAGACUUAGGCUGUCCAUUAUAUAUACCAAUGACGUAUGGCGUAGAUAUAUUAUGCGUCAUAUGCCAUAGGUUUACGAAAAAAUGCCGGCGAUGAAUAGCCCAAUUGAUUUGUUAUGUUGUAACAGCUGUCAAAGUUAAUGCAAGUGUGUAAUUGUCGCUCGUUUUCUUGAUCAUAGCAGUUUAGAAUCUGUAUCUAUCGAUCUUAAAUUUACCGAAAAUCCAUGCUAGCGGAUCCCUAUACGCAAUAUUUUUAGUAUUAAUGUUUUUUUUCUGUUUGACUGAUUCCUUAUUGCUUGUGAAAUUCGUCAUUUUUCAUAAGAGUUGUUAUAGUGCAUAUUUGUAUAUAUUCAAUAAAUAUUUAAGUUAA